GGACACUGCAUCGUAUAUAUGCCAUCUUACAGCAUCCUUCUCCGGGCCUUUCAUGACCCCUGGCGUCCUAUCUGGUGGCCAUGCCAGCACAGUCGUCGACCUUUUGCCAACUUCCUCUCGACAUCUUGCAGAACAUCGCCUUCGAGGUCGCCAUCGCUGAGCCCCUCGGCCUCCUGGACGACUUGGUCGCCCUCCUUCAGACCUGUCAUCAUGUCCACUGCCUCCUAUCGUCAACAUACACAUACAACAGCUACCUCUACGGGCGCAUUUUCCGUCACAAGUUUGACUCAGGGUCUGCUGCUCGCCGUUUCGGCGACACAGCAAUGUACAGCAGAAACCUCUGCUCCCAGCUCUACGACUACUGCACAGCACUGAGGUGUAUCCGCUCGGGCAACAUCUCUGCAUCAACGGACGUGAUCAAGAAGACAUUUUGGUCCUCGUUCUUCCUCCUCAUCGAGAACGACGGCAAGAACUAUGCCCAGCUCCAAUGGGCUGGCCUUGGAGACUUCGUCGAUCGUUUCGUUCGAGAAAGGCUCUGGGAUGGUCACGAUGAACACCACGGCUGGGCAGUUGACAGUGCCGUCAAUUCUCUCGCACUUUAUUUGAUGUGGUACACUACAGACGACGAAAUCCUCCGAACGGAGUCUUCCGAGGCCCGCCGGCAGCUCAUGGAAAUCACCCGGCCGUACGUCAUUGCGCCGUUCAGAUUUAGUCCGUUCCAUGCCCCCGACUAUUUCUUCCACCUUCCUCCACUCGUCGGCUCCCUCGCCGAUCCCCCAGCGAUUCUACGUACCCCGCACGGUCCUUACCCACGACAUCCCAGGCACGAAGAGCUUGCUGAACAUGUCCAUUACGGCAUCUCUCUCAGGAUGCGCCCGCCGCUGAUCGCCAUCUAUGCCGGUCUGCUUUACUUCGCUCGGUCAGAGGCCGUCACGUAUCGCAUCCCGACAGAGUUCCCCGCGGACCGCGCGGCCGCACAUGCCCGGGGUAUCCACGGCGUUGGCCCAACUCAGGAAGACUUCCAAAAAUUCAACGCCCAUAAAGGUGCCUGCGUCGUACCCAAGGGCAGCUGGCACCUGCCUGAAGGCCAGCCGGCACCGAGCAUGGCCUGGGAGGACGACUGGAACCGGAUGCGCCACUGUCUAAAUCCCUACGUCGGUCGUUCCCCCAGGCGUGCAGUCUACACGUACGGGUCCCUAGCUGGAAAUUGGCUCGGCCGCAUGUUGACGCCUGAUCGGAGCCAAUACCUGGCCAUGGUGCGAAGCACCGACUACGCGCCGGGCAAGCCCAUGAUGGCGACGCUCCCCAUCUCGUUCUGCCUGCGCGAACAUCAUUUUGUCAGCCCGCACUCGCCUGUGCCCUGUGCCGCGCAGACGCAGCAAGACCGAUAUCCCGACGACGGCAUCACAAACGCGUGGUUCCCGGCCGGUACUGUUCGCGUCGAGCGCAACAAUGCUCUCGAAGUCACCACCGCGCGUGACGGCCGCGUGUACAAGUACGAAACAUAUCGUGAGGGCAAGUCCAGUUCUCACGAUGAGAGUAUAUGCGCCUCUUGUCGCGCGCAGGGACAGUAUGAGAGGGCGAGUGGGGCAGAGCGUAUCCGGGCGACAGAGUACAUAGCCACUUACGACUUUGCGCCGACAGACUACGCACACGACGUCGCGUCGGCGCUCGAGGUCGUACAGACAGCGCUUGGCCCAGACGACCUGGAAGAUGUUCUGAACGCCGCCGAGGACGAGGCGAGGGCCAUGUACGGGUCCGAGAGCCAUCAUGUUGGCGACGAGGGGGAGUGCGGCGGGGCGCGCGACAUCAUUUUGACCGGCGAGACGCUGCCCAACCAUAGCGAGGCUUGGCACCACUUCACGUUUUACGGCCGCGUCCGCCCUUGGGACGGCCUCGUCGCGCUCGUCCGCGUCCCAUCGCACAAUCACGACCUCGGCACCACCAUCUUCCGCGGGUACGUCAUCGCGAACCAGAACUUCAUCGGAAGCUGGCGCGCGUGGAGUCGCCCGCAACUGCUGCCCCUCGAGGGCCCCUUCAUCGCCAGCCGCGCGCCCAACGCCGAAUAGGCCGUUUGCCGCCGCAAUAUACCUUCCCAACAUCGAUACCUCUGAUUGACAUAUUUGCUGUACUUAUAUAUACUGGUGGAUAGUGUUCUUAGGCCAUACCCUCUGCACGUUUCAAACCCGCACAUGCUCACACACACGGACAUCUUUCUCUCUCCUAUCGCUACCUAUGUUUCAGUACUUUAGACUGCCUCGUACCUCCCUGACACACGAUCCUCAUCUGCUAUAGCUUUCC